CUUGCAGCUGAAGACAUCCCCUCCCGCAGUGACAGAGCCUCUGGAUCUGUGGUCGGUAGAGUUUCUGCACCUCGCGCCACAGCAGGUUGUUGACAUUGGAAGAAGCAAAUACAGAAAAGGAAGGAGAAAGAAAGGGAGGAAGAAAAGGUAAAUUAACGUGAUGGAUUUCUCCAAGCUACCCAAAAUAAUCGAUGAAGAUAAAGAAAGCACAUUUGGUUAUGUUCAUGGGGUCUCAGGGCCUGUGGUUACGGCCUGUGACAUGGCAGGUGCAGCCAUGUAUGAGCUGGUAAGAGUGGGUCACAGUGAGUUGGUUGGAGAGAUUAUUCGAUUGGAAGGUGACAUGGCUACUAUUCAGGUGUAUGAAGAAACUUCUGGUGUGUCUGUUGGAGACCCUGUACUCCGAACUGGAAAACCUCUCUCUGUUGAGCUUGGUCCUGGCAUUAUGGGAGCCAUUUUUGAUGGUAUUCAAAGACCUUUGUCAGAUAUCAGCAGUCAGACCCAAAGUAUCUACAUCCCCAGAGGAGUAAAUGUGUCUGCUCUUAGCAGAGAUGUUAAAUGGGAUUUUACACCAUGCAAAAACCUACGGGUUGGUAGUCAUAUCACUGGUGGAGAUAUUUAUGCAAUUGUCAAUGAGAACUCGCUCAUCAAACACAAAAUCAUGUUACCCCCACGAAACCGAGGAACUGUCACUUAUAUUGCCCCACCUGGGAAUUAUGAUACCUCUGAUGUUGUCUUGGAGCUUGAAUUUGAAGGUAUAAAGGAGAAGUUCAACAUGGUCCAGGUAUGGCCUGUUCGUCAAGUUCGUCCUGUCACUGAGAAGCUGCCAGCCAAUCAUCCUUUGCUGACUGGCCAGAGAGUCCUUGAUGCCCUUUUUCCGUGUGUACAAGGUGGAACUACUGCUAUCCCUGGAGCUUUUGGCUGUGGAAAGACAGUGAUAUCACAGUCUCUCUCCAAGUAUUCCAAUAGUGAUGUGAUCAUUUAUGUAGGAUGUGGUGAAAGAGGAAACGAGAUGUCUGAAGUCCUCCGGGACUUCCCAGAGCUAACUAUGGAAGUUGAUGGUAAAGUUGAGUCAAUCAUGAAGAGGACAGCUUUAGUAGCCAAUACCUCCAAUAUGCCUGUUGCUGCUAGAGAAGCCUCUAUUUAUACUGGCAUUACACUAUCAGAAUAUUUCCGUGACAUGGGCUACCAUGUCAGUAUGAUGGCUGAUUCUACCUCGAGAUGGGCCGAGGCCCUUAGAGAAAUCUCGGGUCGCUUAGCUGAAAUGCCUGCAGAUAGUGGAUAUCCUGCAUAUCUUGGUGCACGUCUGGCUUCUUUCUAUGAGCGAGCAGGCAGAGUGAAAUGUCUUGGAAAUCCUGAAAGAGAAGGAAGUGUCAGCAUUGUAGGAGCAGUUUCUCCACCUGGUGGUGAUUUUUCUGAUCCAGUUACAUCUGCUACUCUUGGUAUUGUUCAGGUGUUUUGGGGAUUAGAUAAGAAACUAGCCCAACGUAAGCAUUUCCCCUCUGUCAACUGGCUCAUCAGCUACAGCAAGUACAUGCGUGCAUUGGACGAGUACUAUGACAAACAUUUCACAGAGUUUGUUCCUCUGAGGACCAAAGCUAAGGAAAUUCUUCAGGAAGAAGAAGACCUGGCAGAAAUUGUACAGCUUGUGGGAAAGGCCUCUUUAGCAGAAACUGAUAAAAUCACUCUGGAGGUUGCAAAGCUUAUCAAAGAUGACUUCCUACAACAAAAUGGAUAUACACCUUAUGACAGGUUCUGCCCAUUCUACAAGACAGUAGGGAUGCUGUCCAACAUGAUUGCAUUUUAUGAUAUGGCCCGUAGAGCUGUUGAAACCACUGCCCAGAGUGACAAUAAAAUCACAUGGUCGAUUAUCCGUGAGCACAUGGGGGAGAUCCUCUAUAAACUUUCCUCCAUGAAAUUCAAGGAUCCAGUGAAAGAUGGUGAAGCAAAGAUCAAGGGUGACUAUGCACAACUUCUUGAAGAUAUGCAGAAUGCAUUCCGAAGCUUGGAAGAUUAGAAUUGUGAUUCCUUUCCUCCUAUUCCUCAGCAAGCUCAUAUGUGUAUAUUUUCUUGAAUUUCUCAUCUCAAACCCUUUGCUUCUUUAUUGUGCAGCUUUGAGACUAGUGCCUAUGUGUGUUUUCUUUUGUUUUGCUGUUUAUUUGGUAGGUCUUAUACAAAACAUUCCUUUCCUCCAGUGUUUGAAGGGCCUCCCUGAUACUUUAUCUGAAGUGGUGAAUGUAGUAAAUAUGAUAUACAAUGGCUACACUACUGUAAACCUGUAUGUAGGAUGAACUCCCUCCUUGUACUAGGUUUGCCCAUUCCUCAUCUCCAUUAAAUUGUAAACAGGACUUACUGCAUAUACUCUCUUUGAGUAGAUUUAGAUUGAAAGGCCAUAUUUUUAAACCUUUUGACAGGUACUUUGUGAAAUGACUUACUAUCUAUGUGGUCCACUUGCAGCUUAGCAUUUUGCUAAGUAACUACUUUGCAGGAAAUGUUUUACUUUUAAAAAACUUUGAUGGUUAAUGUUCCAAUUAUGCAUUUCUUUCCCAGUAUAAAUCAGGAAUAUUUAUGGGAAGCUAUUGGGAACUACAUUGUUUUAAAAAAGAUAUUCAUGGAGCUCAGCAUAAUAUAUGAAUCAGUACCCUCUCAAAGCAUGAAAAAAAGACAGGUGAUCAAACUUAGCUAACAUCAUCUUGUUAAACCAUACUUUAUUUCCCUAGGAAAAAUUCAGUAUCAAGGACUAUUAUAUACUAUAUUAGAUUACACUAAAACAAUCAUCGAAAAUUUGAUCUAUAUUACAUACUUAUUUUCCUCAAACAUCUUGGAAGCCUAAGUUUUUAAGAAUCAUGUGGCAAUGCGAUGAUCAGUAAAGUGCCACAGAUAAGAUACUUAGUAGUGGUUAAAGGCCGUUUGCCCCUUUAAGAACCAGCUGAGCUGUAGUGAUUCUUGGGGCCAGAGUGACAUUAUGUUUUUACAAAGUAAUAACAUGUCACAUGCUUGCAUGUUUAUUUGCUUGUUGAAUUUUUGAACAACCAGUUUACCAAUUGUAGAGAAUAUUGCUUUCGUGGGUUUUUUUUCUGAUUUGGAGUUUCUCAGAAUAUCUAUGGCCAUAGUAGUGUGACAGUUUCCAUUCUGUUUAAUAGGGAUGAAGUUAAUUCUUUUAUCUGCUGGUAACAGAAUCUGAG